CCAUUGGGUUGAAGUUUUGUUCGCCCCCGCGUUCCUCGUAUAAAUAAUAACAAGCGCAAAAAGAGGCUAGCAUGUGUCGAGAAUCCACUCGCUGAGAAAAGAAUGGCCGAAAACAACAGCGGCAACAUGUCGGUCGACAGUGUGUUCAGGACCCGCUCGCUCGGCGUGGCCGCAGAAGGUCUCCCUGAUCAGUAUGCCGACGGGAAAGCAGCCAAAGUCUGGCAACUGUACAUCGGGAACACGCAGAGUAGGACGCAGGAGUACAGAAGCUGGGUGGUGUCACUGCUCAGAAAACAAGGCGUCCGGAGGGUGCUGGAUGUCGCCUGCGGAACAGGGGUUGACUCCAUUAUGUUGGUGGAGGAGGGCUUCAAUGUGGUGAGUGUCGAUGCCAGCGACAAAAUGCUCAAGUAUGCACUGAAGUCGAGAUGGGAGAGAAGAAAAGAAGCAGCGUUUGACAAAUGGGUGAUCGAAGAAGCCAACUGGCUGACUCUCCCAGAAGACAUCCAGAAACAAGGAGGAGAUGGCUUUGAUGCGGUUAUUUGCCUUGGCAACUCUUUUGCUCACUUACCAGAUUUUAAAGGGGACCAGAGUGACCAAAAGUUAGCUCUUCAAAACAUCGCGAGCAUGGUCAAGCCAGGUGGGAUCCUCAUCAUCGACCACCGCAACUAUGACUACAUCCUGGAGACUGGGCGGGCACCACAAGGCAAAAAUGUUUACUACAAGAGCGAUCUAACUCAGGACAUUUCCACUUCUGUACUGUGGGUGAACAAUAAACCCCAAAUGAUUACUCUGGACUACACUAUCCAAAUUCCUCAAAGCCCUCAGAACCUCCCUGAGGUCAGUAAAUUCCGACUCUCUUACUACCCUCACCGCCUGGAGAGCUUUAAAGCGCUGCUGCAAGACGCCUUCUACGGCAAAGUGGAGCACGUCGUCUAUGGAGAUUUCAUGGCAUACGUCCCUGGUCAAAGUCAAGAUCCGUGCUACUUCAUCCACGUUUGCAAGAAGACUGCAUAGGUGCACGUACACUGCAAGAAAUGUUAUAGUUUUCAGUUCAACCAUAUUCAUCCUCCCAAAUUCUUGUACAUUUAAUCUAAAUUUUAAAUAUCACAAAUUACAGCUUUUUUUUUUUUUAAUAAUAAUUAACAAGGUUCCUAUGUGGCCCACAGUGUAAUACAUUAACAUACAUAAAGAUGAUGGCUUUAACUAAGUGGCUCAUGUCAAUCUGGUAAUGUUUGAGGGUUGAUUUUUAUCGGUAAUUCUUUUGUGUUUACCACCUGGGUCUUAAAAAGCAAGUUCAUAUAAUGGUUGUUUUUGUCAGGGAGAAAAAGCUCAAGAAAAAUAUCUCAUUUAUAGUUUUUCAGUCUUUUUGGUAAUCAGUGUAAUCGCCGUUUACCUUGGUGGAAGACCAUCUUGUGUAUUCUGCUCUUCUGAUUUGAUUUGCAUUUCUCGCUGUAAUCUUGCACGGUUGUUGUCGUCAGACCAUCAAAAAGCCGCUCGUGAUUUUGUGAAGCGAUCUGACGUCUUAUCAAUCUAACCUACUUGCAGUGUUACACAGGGUAUAACUCUCAUUCUAGAAAGUCCUCACACAGUUUCCAAUUGUAGAGGUGGUUAGAGUUUCAAGCUACUUGAAGGCCAAAUGAUCAAAUCGAGUGAUUGUAUAACAGCGCCAACUCUGACGAGUAAGGUGAAGAUUUUACCAUCAUUUUAUAGAUCUUGGUUCAUGUGUCCAUGGACUCUUUCUUUGUGACUUUAUUUGAUGCUAACCCAGAAAAUAGUUCCACUUGUUUGUGAUGGAUGAGAAUCAGAGAAUGCCCUCCAUAAUUCCAUAUUACUUGCAGGAAUGUGAGCCGAAGCUUGAACACCCAAUCAUCUUAAGACGUGCUGUCAACCAAAGAUUUUACAUAUUGUUAUUUGCUUUCCUCAGUCUUUGAUUUACACUUUGCACAGUGAUCGAAAUGUGUUGAAAAUGACAUAUUUUGCUUAUGUUGGCCCUAAACAUGCAAAAUAAAUUGCAUGGAGGGAGAGAGAGAGAGAGUACAGCAGCAAAUUUAAAUGUCAUCCAGGCUACUGCUGUUUGUCUAACGACGGCAUGGUAAAUCAGUGCCUCAUGUUAAAAUAUAUAUGGUACAAUACAGUGAUUCAUUUUGAAAUGCAGUGGGUUAAGACAUUUCUAGAGAACAUCUCACAACGGUCUUAUGUUGCUGGGUCUUAAAGAUGAUCAGUUGUAAUAUUUUGCUUGAAAAUACAUUAAAUAACAUUUCAUGUUG